AUGGUCUCACAACGCCUGCGCCUGCUCGGGGCGCUGCUCGCGGUAGCCAUCCCGACAAUCCAUCUGCUCCGGCGCAUCACGGCCCGCCGCAGAAAACUGACCUCGGCAGAACGCGUCCUCGUCCUCGGCGCGUCCAGCGGCGUCGGCCACGCUCUCGCUCGGCAGUAUGCCCGUCGCGGCGCGAGGGUAUGCGUCGUCGCGCGACGCACUGACAAAAUCAACGCGCUGGCCGCUGAGUGCGGCGAGGGCUGCAUCGGCGUCGCGGCUGACCUGACUGUGGUCGAGGACAUGGUCAGGCUCCGGGAGACGCUCGCCCGUGAGUGGGGCGGUCUGGACACGAUCCACUUAUGUGCUGGAGUGUCGGCCUUGCAGCCUGUGAUGGCUCUCACUGGGGCGGAAGGGAAGGAGGAUGCUGUCGGACAGGGAAUACAGGACGCUGUGGAUAUCGCUGGGAAGGCUGUCCAGGGCAAUUUUGUCGGGCCUAUGGUGGCUGCUCUGACGUUUAUUCCAAUGUUGACGCGCACAUCCACUGCACCGGCCAUUGUACUCGUCUCUUCUAUGGCUGCCCUGGUUCCGGCACCAACACGAGCUCUCUACGCCGCGACCAAGGCAUCAUCGUUGCUCCUGUACCAGGCACUCGCCAUAGAGCACCGGGAUAUUGCCUUCACCUUCAUCCUGCCGGCCACCAUCGAAGGAGACUUCCGGGCAUCAGCUGUCGACUCGGGCCCCGUCCGUGAGGCGGACCCGAACAAGCACGGACUCAAAAUCAACUACGUUGCGUCUCGGUGUAUCGAUGCAGUUGACAAGGGUGUCCGCGGCAGUCUGAUGAUGCCAUGGAUCCCAUAUGCCUUUGCGCAUCAUUUGUACUACCUCUGGCCGUCGCUGAUCGAGCGUAUGGCGGCGAGGAAGUAUAAUUUCUCCGCCUGA